AUGGCGCUGCAAACACUUGUGGGCAUAAAUCUCACCCGUUUGUUACCGGCGAUUUUCAAAACUCGACGUUCCCUCGCCGUCUCCGCUUUAUCCACCGCCUGUGAGACCGAACCCUCUACUUCUUCGGUUUACUAUUUGUUGGCGCACAAGCACCGUUUGUCUCAUGAUGUUGCUUCUGUGGGCCGCCAGAAAAAAUACGAUUCAGUACUCGCCUUCUUCGUGCAGAUGGGCUUCACGAAAGCGCAGCUCGAGAGAACCUUGAAUCUCCGGCCCCACGUGCUCGCCGCCGAUCUUGAGGGAACCAUCAAGCCCAAGAUCAAGAUAUUCGAGGACCUAGGCUUCUCCUCGGAAGAAAUUGCCGCCGUAGUGUCGAAAGCGCCAGUGAUUCUGCACGUCAGCCUGAUAAAUAAAAUCAUCCCCGCAUUGUCCUGGUUAAAGGGCAUGUUGGGUUCGAAUAAGAAAGUGGCCAAGGUUCUGAGACAUAAUGGUCGGCUGCUUUUGACCGAUUUUGAAAAGCUCAUUUUGCCCAACAUCCGGAUUCUGUUGAGCCAUGGGAUGACAAAAGACGAGGUCUCCAGGCUCAUCUAUUAUAACCCGUGGGUCAUACUGUACAAUCAAGAAACUCUUAUCAGAUGCUUGGACACCAAAGACAAAAUGGGUAUUUCAUGGAGUUCAAAAAUGUCCGUUUAUGCUGUCGGUGUCAUUUGCUCGAUGCCCAACGGGAGUUGGGAACGCAAGCGGCUGGCUUUUCAGGAAAUUCUUGAAUUCUCGAACGACGAAAUAAUGAGGACAUUGCAACGGGACCCCAACGUUUUCUGUGUCUCGGAAGAUAAGAUGAGAAAGGUGAAAUCGAUUAUGCUCAGGACUGAGAAAUAUGAUAACUCAUCGAUUGCUGAAUACCCGAGGGCGCUCAUGUUCAGCAUCGAGAGGCGGCUCAAGCCGAGGUUUGAGGUUCUGGGGAAGCUGGAGAGUAAGGGCCUGAUCGAGGAGUGGCCUUCUCUCGGAUAUGUUUGCCGAUUGGCAGACAAGGAGUUCUCUGAGGAAUAUGUGGAACCAUAUAUGAGUGAAAUUGGUCUCGAAAAUUUCCGCGCGGUCGCGAGUUGGCAGGUGCUGGCAGGGCGUGGGAGCACUCGCGUGGUCGCGGAAUGGCCCGCUUGGCGCGGGCGUGCGCUAGCACGCAUAGGCGCGGGGCACGACACUCUCAACAUCGCGGAGCAGGGCGCGAGGCGCGGGCGCAGCAGCCGCACUCUCGAGGUCGCGGAAUAUCUCGCGUGGUCAUGGGUCCUGGUGCAGCAGGAGCACUCUCGAGGUCACGGAAAAUCUCACGCGCGCGGAAGAAGGAAUUUGCAGGCUUGCGGAAGAGAGCACUCGAUUGCAAAAGAGAGACCGAACUCGUGUAAGCUGGUUAACGGUGCGGAUACUUUUCUCGGGGGUGUUUCUUUGUGGCAGCGUCUGGUGGAGAGGUAA